AUGGUCGACAUGGGGGGCCUGGACAACCUGAUCGCCAACACGGCCUACCUGCAGGCGCGGAAGUCCUCGGAUGCCGACAGCAAGGAACUGCAGCGCCGACGCCGGACCCUGAGGCUGCCCGGGCCGCAGAGCUGCGAGCAGCUCCGCCAGGCCCCGCCCAACGACUUCCGCAACCUGUGCGCGCAGCAGCCCAUAGGCCGCCGCCUCUUCCGGGACUUCCUAGCCACGGUGCCCGCGUUCCAGGAGGCCGUGGGCUUCCUGGAGGAGGUGCAGAGCUGGGAGCUGGCCGAAGAGGGUCCCGCCAAGGGCAGCACGCUGCAGGGGCUGGUGGCCACUUGUGCGGCCUCCCCGGCGCACCCACACCCCUUCCUCAGCCCAGCUCUGGUCACCAAGUGCCAAGCAGCCACCACGGAGAAAGAGCGAGCAUCCCUGGUGGAGGUGGCCAAGGCUGAGGCCAUGGCCUUCUUGCAGCACCAGCCCUUCCUAGAGUUCCUGGCCAGCCCCUUCUAUGACAAGUUUGUGCAGUGGAAAGUCUUUGAGACGCAACCCGUGUCAGACAAGUACUUCGAAGAGUUCCGGGUUCUGGGGAAAGGUGGUUUUGGGGAGGUAUGUGCUGUCCAGGUGAAAAACACCGGCAAGAUGUAUGCCUGUAAGAAACUGGACAAGACGCGGCUGAAGAAGAAAAAUGGUGAGAAAAUGGCUCUCUUGGAAAAGGAAAUCUUGGAGAGGGUCAGCAGCCCUUUCGUUGUCUCUCUGGCCUAUGCCUUUGAGAGCAAGUCCCAUCUCUGCCUGGUUAUGAGCCUGAUGAAUUGGGGAGACCUCAAGUUCCACAUUUACAGCGUGGGCGAGCAGGGCCUGGACAUGAGCAGGGUGGUCUUCUACUCGGCCCAGAUGACCUGCGGCGUGUUGCACCUCCACUUACUCAGCAUCGUCUACCGGGACCUGAAGCCCAAGAAUGUGCUUUUGGACGACCUUGGCAACUGUAGGCUGUCCGACCUGGGGCUGGCUGUGGAGAUCCAGGAUGGCAAGCCCAUCACCCAGAGGGCUGGAACCAAUGGUUGUAUGGCUCCUGAAAUCCUAAUGGAAAAAGCGAGUUAUGCCUAUCCUGUGGACUGGUUUGCAAUGGGAUGCAGUAUUUAUGAAAUGGUUGCUGGACGAACACCAUUCAAAGAUGACAAGGAAAAAGUCAGUAAAGAGGAUUUAAAGCAAAGAACACUGAAAGAGGAAGUCAGAUUCCAACACGAUAACUUUACAGAGGAAGCAAAAGACAUUUGCAGACUCUUCUUGGCUAAGACACCAGAGCAACGCUUAGGAAGCAGAGAAACGUCUGAUGAUCCCAGGAAACACCAUUUCUUCAAAACCAUCAACUUUCCUCGCCUGGAAGCUGGCCUAGGUGGGCCUCCAUUUGUGCCAGACCCAUCAGUGGUUUAUGCCAAAGAUAUCGAUGAAAUUGAAGAUUCUGAGGUUCGAGGAGUCGAAUUUGAUGAUAAAGCUACGCAGUUCUUCCAAAGAUUUGCAACAGCUGCUGUCCCUAUAGCUUGGCAGGAAGAGAUUCUAGAAACGGGACUGUUUGCCGAAUUGAAUGACCCCAACAGGCCCGCAGGUUGCAGGGAGGGUAAUUCGUCUAAGUCUGGUAUAUGUUUGCUAUUAUAA